UGGACGUUUUUUUUUUUUUAAUAUAAAUUAGUACACGUUUAGGCAAACGGGGAAGGAGUAACAGUAACCUUGCAACCUACAGUCUGUAAAGAGCAGCGCAUUUAACGAUUUGCCGAGGACCAAGAAAGGCAGUCUCAAAUCAGAUCAGCUGCACUGCGUGGUCUACAAGUACAUCUCAUACUGACACAGCGCUGGGACACCCUGUGAUAUACAGUAUGCAGCCUUGUAAAGUUGCUCUGGUUUGUGACAGACAUGUGAGAAGCCAACCAAGAGUUAACUUAAGACAUACUUUCAAGGGCUGUUGUGUGCACAUCAUGAUGCUGAAGCUGGUGAUGCUGAGUCUGGCUUGGCUUGGUGAAGGAAAAAAGAUUGAAACAAGUUUGUUAAAAGCACAAGAUGCAGCUUCGCUUCCUCCAAAGCCCAAGAUUGACCGCUGCCGCUCGGCCGAUAUGGAAACUUUCACGUGCUGGUGGAGCACAGCGGAUGAUGGCACAGGGGAUUCAAGAAACAGCAACUACACUCUGACCUAUACUGUGGGAUUUGCGCCAAAGCGAGAAUGCCCAGACUACAUCACUGGGGGUAGUAACAGCUGUUACUUUGACAGCGAUAACACACAGGUUUGGGUGGUCUAUUGCCUGAAUGUCACUGCAUGGAACAAGCACGGCUCACAGACUUCAGAUGAGCACUGCCUGGAUGUUGUAGACAUAGUUGAGCCAGACCCGCCCACUAACAUGACGUACUCGUUUACAAACAGCAGCCACGAUGGUCGUGGCCAGACUGUGCUUGUGUCCUGGCUUGCCCCUGAGACUGUUGACGUGGAGAGCUGGCUCACGCUGGUUUACGAGCUGCAGUUCCGACGGAAAUCAGAGCACCACUGGAAGGUAAAAGGUAUUCUGCGGGAGCCCAAGAUAGAAUUGCUGGACUUUCCAGAAGGAAGCUACAUUGUCAGAGUCAGAUGUAAAUCCAAGAAUUCUGGGCACUGGAGUAAAUGGAGCAAACCCAUGACAUUGAACAUUUUACUAGGGAAAUCUAUAGAUAUGAUGCUGGCAUUGAUCCUAGUAACUGGAGUCAGCAUUAUGGCUGUCUUGAUAAUUGGCUUCAGCAUUUUACCUCAAAGAAAAAGGAUUAAAGCUAUUCUCCUGCCUCCCAUUCCUAAACCAAGAAUCAGUGGGAUUGAUCCGCUCCUUUUGAAGAGGGGCAAAAUGGAUGAAAUCAAUCGACUUUUCACUUCAUUCUACGGAUACAUCCCUUCUCAGUAUGCAGAGGAAUCAUGGCUGGAGGUCAGCAUGGACGGGAGCGUUUCAUCCAAAGACAGCCUAGCAGAGGAUGAUGGGAAGCCUCGCAGUACACAGUGCCCCAUUGAUCUUGUCAAGAAGGUGGUAGAAGCGAAGGAGGAACAAAUGUACAUUCUGGAGCUGGACAGAAGCCAGCUGAGUCUAAAAGAAAGCAUGAAUCCAAAUGCGAACGUCGCUUGGAGUUCUGAAAACAAAAUUAACGUGGAGAAAUCGUUUGAAGCUAUAACAAGCCCUGGGGGGGGAUACAGUGUCGCCCUCAGCCCAACAACCGGACCCUCUGUUCACACAGGUCACAAUUUCUAUACCUGUGUGAACAGAGUGAGCUGCAGUGGGGCUGUGCAGCUUGCUCCCUGUUUACCAGACUUUGGACAUAAAUCCACCUUCUUGGAACUCAAAGAUUCAAAAGGCGCCAUGGGAAAACCCAAGCAUCAGAAUUCAACCACUAGCAGCCCAAAAAGCACAGCCAGCCAAAAUGAUCCUUCUCCAUACAAGGUGAAGCUGCCUGAUGUUAAGGGUGGUUUCAGUGAGUGGGGGGGUUGUGGAAUUUUAAGCUACACAACAGUGGAGGCCCUACACCUUCAUCAGGAUGCUACACCUGGGACUAGGCUUCAGCCAGAACAAUGAAUAUUUGUGUUUGGAUCACAAUGACCCCGCGACCCCUUUACUGACGUGUCACAUCUCAGAGAAGUAAGCCAUGUUCCGAGAGUCUUUCACAAGGAUAUCCCUUAUGAAUUGGUUCUCUGGUUGGAAGCAGGUUUUGGCCUGAGAGAGGGAGGCGGGUGUUUCUGGUAAAAAAAUAAAUGGCCAUUUUUAAGCCACAGCUGAUGUCUGGAUAGUGCUUUCUGGUUUCCCUCAAGUUCUUCAAUUUAGAGUCUAAUUUUGGAGUCCACAAACAAAAAACGAUCCAUUCAUGUAUGUAGCUCGGUCAAAUACCAUCCUGGUUUUCUGCACACCACAGAAAGACUUUUAGUUACAUUUUAGUUUUUUUUUUUAGUUUUUUAUUAUAUUGUGUAUGAAAGCCGUAUUAUAAAAAUAUAAAGCCAUGUAUCCUUCUGAAGGAACUUCUGAGGUAGAAAAGAAAAACUACAGCAGAAAAAAAUACAAUUUAAAAAGAGAACGCCAAAACCAGAACACCAAUAAAUAAGUUCUUAUUGCCAAAGGAAAGGCAUUUAAAAUAAUAACAGUAUAGCCUUUGAAACAUGUCUUGCCUCUCAUUAGCAUAACUACACUAACAAGUCCCGAUCAUUUUGCUGUGGAAAGCUUAGUUUCCUAUUCGGGUGAAAUGCAUUUAUCCUGCCGCAGCUCUGUAAGUCACUUACAGUGCAGAGGGGAUUAGGACAACCCCAGAGCCUCACGCUCACCUAUAUAACCAUUAUCUGUAACACACAAAAUGAAGUGAGAGAGGAAGCCAUAUUUCUAUCGCUGUCAGAUGUACUGUGUUAUAAUGUACGAAUUGGGGUAGGUAAUAAAUAUAUAAUAAAUAUAUAAAUAUAUACAGUGCCUUGCAAAAGUAUUGAGACCCCUGACCAAUUCUCUCAUAUUACUGAAUUACAAAUGGUACAUUGAAAUUUCGUUCUGUUUGAUAUUUUAUUUUAAAACACUGAAACUCAAAAUCAAUUAUUGUAAGGUGACAUUGGUUUUAUGUUGGGGAAAUAUUUUUAAGAAAAAUAAAAAACUGAAAUAUCUUGCUUGCAUAAGUAUUCAACCCCCACACAUUAAUAUUUGGUAGAGCCACCUUUCGCUGCAAUAACAGCUUUAAGUCUUUUGGGGUAAGUAUGUACCAGCUUUGCACACAGUGUCGGAGUGAUUUUGGCCCAUUCUUCUUGGCAGAUUUGCUCCAGGUUGUUCAGGUUGGUUGGAUGACACUUGUGGACCGCAAUUUUCAAAUAGUGCCACAGAUUCUUAAUGGGAUUUAGAUCAGGACUUUGACUGGGCCACUGUAGGACAUUCACCUUUUUGUUCUUGAGCCACUCCAAUGUUGCUUUAGCCUUGUGCUUGGGAUCAUUGUCCUGCUGAAAGGUGAAUUUCCUCCCAAGCUUCAGUUUUUUAGCGGACUGAAGCAGGUUCUCUUGCAGUAUUUCCCUGUAUUUUGCUCCAUCCAUUCUUCUUUCAAUUUUAACAAGAUGCCCAGUCCAUGCUGAUGAGAAGCAUCCCCACAGCAUGAUGCUGCCACCACCAUACUUCACUGUAGGGAUGGUGUGUCUUGAGGCAUGGGCAGUGUUAGGUUUGCGCCACACAUAGUGCUUUGAGUUUUGGCCAAAAAGCUCUAUCUUGGUCUCAUCUGACCACAAAACCUUUUCCCACAUCGCAGCUGGGUCACUCUCAUCCUUUCUGGCAAACUCCAGACGUGCUUUCAGUUGGUACUUUUUGAGUAACGGCUUCUUUCUUGCCACCCUCCCAUACAGGCCAGUGUUAUGCAGAGCUCUUGAUAUGGUUGACAGGUGCACCAUUACUCCACUCCCAGCCACUGAACUCUGUAGCUCCUUCAAAGUGAUUGUUGGCCUCUCUGUGGCUUCUCUCACAAGUCUCCUUCUUGUCUGAGCACUGAGUUUUGAGGGACGGCCGUUUCUUGGCAGUGCCUGGGUGGUGUGAUGCAGCUUCCACUUCCUGAUUAUUGAUCCAACUGUGCUCACUGGGAUAUCCAAACACUUGGAUAUUAUUUUGUACCCUUUCCCUAAUCUAUGCAUUUGUAUUACUUUAUCUCCAACUUCUGUAGAAUGCUCUUUGGUCUUCAUUUUCCUUCAGAUUCACAGCCUGACCAAUGAUCCUUCAACAGUGGGGUUUUUAUCCAGAAAAUGUGACAGCAACUUUAAUGGUUCACAGGUGGAGGCCAAUGGUAAGGUAAUUGUGUCCUCGUUAGGGCAAUUUUUUUCAUCGGUGUAAACUGGGAGCUUCCACAGCACAGGGGUUGAAUACUUAUGCAAGCAAGAUAUUUCAGUUUUUUAUUUUUCUUAAAAAUAUUUCCCAACAU